UUAACAGCAUCACCCUUUCUUCCCUUCCCAGAUGUCCCUGGGUGUGCAUCCAUGUAUCUCCACGCAGAGGGCUUCUCUGGGCCCUCUCCAGGUGAUGGAGUGAUGGGUUAUGGCUAUGAGAAAUCUCUUCGACCAUUCCCAGAUGAUGUCUGCAUUGUCCCUGAAAAAUUUGAAGGAGACAUCAAGCAGGAAGGGGUUGGAGCUUUCCGGGAGGGGCCACCGUACCAGCGCCGGGGUGCCUUGCAACUGUGGCAGUUUCUGGUGGCCCUGCUGGAUGACCCAACCAAUGCUCACUUCAUUGCUUGGACAGGCCGGGGCAUGGAGUUUAAACUAAUUGAACCUGAAGAGGUCGCCAGGCUCUGGGGCAUCCAGAAGAACCGGCCAGCCAUGAAUUAUGACAAGCUGAGCCGCUCACUGCGAUACUACUAUGAGAAAGGCAUCAUGCAAAAGGUGGCUGGCGAACGCUACGUGUACAAGUUUGUGUGUGAGCCCGAGGCCCUGUUCUCUCUGGCCUUCCCAGAUAAUCAGCGUCCAGCUUUGAAGGCCGAGUUUGACCGGCCAGUCAGUGAGGAGGACACAGUCCGUUUGUCCCACUUGGAUGAGAGCCCUGCCUACCUCCCAGAACUGGCUGGCCCCGCUCAGCCCUUUAGCCACAAAGGUGGAUAUUCUUACUAGGCCCCAGUGGCUUCCCCUUGCCAUGGGUGGGGCUGCCCAGUGUACAUAUCAACAGAUUUGGUGUUGGGGAAGCCCUCAUGCUCAUACCCACAGAAGUCUCUAGGAUCAGCUCUCCACUAUCCCAUCUUACUCCUGGCCAGACUCGGCUGCUCACCAGAGUCUGCAGGAAGGACAGGGGAGGCAGGACAAGUCUAAAGGCAGCAACGCUGAAGUUCACUGUGGUUCACCUCUGCCCACAGGAGUUCAGCUUGGCCUCUGCCUAGGUCUUACUGGGAGGCAGUUCCCCACUCCCACCAGAGAACCAGUGUUUGUUCUGUUCCGGGGACAGACAAGGGGCUUUGAAACUUUAUUAUUAUGGCAGCAGGGCCAAGGGGUUCCUGGGACACCCCCACUUCUCCCGCCGUGGGAGACGGAAGCCUGGGUUCUGGGCUCUGCCCUGAGCCGGGAUCCUGUGUUCUUGGUGCUGUGCUCUUGGGGGCAGGAGCAGGUGGGAGGCAGCUGGGGUGGGUGCUGGGUAGAGGCAGGGACAGAGAGGUCCUGCUCCAAGGGGCCUUCUGGCUCUCUGCCCUAGGCCUACCCAUGCCUAGUUCCACCUUCACCUCAUC